CUUGCCGCUCCGUUAUAACGGAGAAGCUCUAACCCAUCCCAGCGAGCAGACGAACAGAAUAUGUGCCGUCAUAACUGACUCUGUGGCGCUGGAUAAAAGCCGUCGGAUAUUGGCAAGCGUUUCUUCUGCAAAAGGGAAUAAAACUAUCCACGCAGGAAUAAUUUCACGCAAGACCUCAUAUGGACUAAAACACACCAAAUUAAGUGAGAGUGGACACUUGGACAUAUAACCAGGACAUCAAGAGACCAAGACUUCUCUGAGAAAUGUCCAACACAGCUGGGCGAGGUCAUGGGGGUCUUAAUCAACUAGGCGGCAUGUUUGUGAAUGGACGCCCGCUCCCAGAGGUCAUCCGACAGAGGAUCGUGGACAUGGCACACCAGGGAGUGAGACCCUGCGAUAUCUCUCGCCAGUUGAGGGUCAGCCACGGCUGCGUCAGCAAGAUCCUGGGCAGGUACUAUGAGACGGGCAGCAUUAAACCAGGAGUCAUCGGGGGCUCCAAACCGAAAGUGGCGACUCCUAAAGUGGUGGAUAAGAUAGCGGAGUACAAGCGGCAGAACCCCACAAUGUUUGCGUGGGAGAUCCGAGACCGGCUGCUGGCCGAGGGCAUCUGUGACGGCGAAACUGUGCCCAGCGUCAGCUCCAUCAACAGGAUUAUUCGCACAAAAGUUCAACAGCCAUUCAACCUUCCUCUGGACAGCAAAGGCCUCAGUCCUGGACAUACACUUAUUCCCAGUUCCGCCGUCACUCCUCCAGAAUCUCCUCAGUCAGACUCUCUGGGCUCCACCUACUCCAUCAGCGGCCUGCUGGGAAUCCCACAGACCAGCGCCGAGGGCAAGAGGAGCCACGACGACAGCGAUCAGGAGAGCUGUCGGCACAGUGUGGACUCUCAGGGCAGUGGCAGCGGGCCGCGGAAACAGCUGAGGACCGAACACUUUGCAUCCCAGCGCCUGGACUGUGGCUUCGAGCGGCACCACUACAGCUCUGACACGUUCGGCCGGACCACGGCCGGGAAAACAGAGCAGGCACUCUAUCCUCUCUCACUCAUCAACAGCAGUCUGGACGAGGGUAAAGGAGCUUCAGCUGUCAGUCGAAACUUGGCAGCCCAUCAGGGAUACGCCGUGGUUGCAGAAGCUCUACAGCCCCUCCCACUCUGUCUGAAACAGGAAAUGUCACCCGAGGUGAACAGCUCAAGCCCCUCCCCCAACAUCAUCGCUAAUGCAGCUUUCCUGGAGCUCACCUCGUCAUCAGCACCCAUCGCUAACAGCUGCAGCAACGCCUCUCAUUUAUCUCAUGGCUUCAGCUCAUUUUCCCAUCAUGCCCCAUUGCACGGGCAGCUCGGCAGCCCACCGCUCAUCGCAGGCAGAGAUGUGGCGAGCUCAAUGCUGCCCGGUUAUCCUCCACACAUUCCCUCGGCCGCACAGACCGGCUUCACCUCCUCCACCAUCACUGGGAUGGUAGCAGGUCCAGAAUACACGGGCCAGACCUACAGCCACGCGCCCUACACGUCCUACAGUGACGCCUGGAGAUUCACCAACUCCAGCAUAUUAGGUUCCCCGUAUUACUACAGUUCCGCCGCCCGCGCGCCGCCGCCCUCCGCAGCCGCUUACGAUCAUCUCUAGUACCGGAGAACCGGAGAACUUUCUCUUUUUACUGUGGAGCGUCCAGUGAAAGACACAACUAGUGAAGAAAAACGAAAACAUAUUGACGGACGAUACCUUUUAUAGCCUGUAAAACUAUUUAUGUCCUUUGUUCAAGGCCAUUUGCAGCCACACGUUUACAUCUUUAUAUUGUCAGAGCAUUUCUUGCCCGUGUUUUUAUUUCUCUGUAGCCAAAGACAUUCCUGGAGACUGUUUUCGUAAAUCCAUGACCAGAAACACUCGGACGUUGUUUUUAGCAGCUGGAACAUCUGAAGUGUAGCUACACGAUUCACAAAUACAACCAAACUGACAACGAUAUCCACACAACUGAACAAAUAAACUAUAGAAAUUAAAAUGUUAUAACGGAUUCUAUGAGAAACAUCGCCCCUUCCUCUGUUUCACUGCUUGUGAAAUGGUCAUUUUGUUGACGUGGCAUUUUAUCGAGCUUGCAUUCGAGCUGAAUGAAUUGAUCUCGGAUGAGUUUCAUCGCUAUUCAUGCAGCAGAUAUUUAAAAGAAAUAGAAAUAACGUGUUAUCUAUAACAAGCGGACAUUUCUGUCUUCAAUGUGCCACAUUUCACCAUCGUCCGACAAAUCAAUAAGGACUAUCAAAAACAUCAUAUUCAGAAACAGCAUAUUCACCAACCAUUACAGAAGUUUGAUGUUUUGAGGAAAUGUGUAAAUAAUGUAGAGAAGGAAAACCCCGAUUAAAAUGAAAUUCAUUUAUAUUCUACAUAAUUAUUAGGGCUGAACCUUGUGGGGAUUCAUUCGUUUUAAAAUGUUUAUAUUCUCGCUUCUAUUUUUUCCAGCUUAUUAUCAUGUUUAUAUUUCUUUGAUUAAACGAGUUUUGAGUUUCAGAGAUUACGUUUUAUUGUAUUGUUAAUUAUAUUAUUCAAAUGUAAAUUAAUAAUUUCUACAGAAUUAUUUUGAAUUAAAUAAAGCAUGACAAACUACAAUCAUGUGUUUUCCUUUUUUUCCGGUCUUGUACAAUAAUAAUAAUAAUAAUAAGCGUAAUCAU